AACAUGGUCAUAAUAAUAAUUAUCACUUGUAAAGUGUGCAACAAGAGUAAACAGUUGCCCAAUUUAUUGCGCGCGCACACAGAAUGAAUUGACAUGACAGACUACGAAAAUUUCGAGCAAUUUAUCCUGAGAGAAAUUCGCAUCACCGAAAAUGAGUUGGGACGAGGUUCCUACGCUGUUGUUAUGGAGCUCGAGUAUCAAGGCCUGAAAUGUGCUGGCAAGAAGCUUUACCGAGUUCUCUACGAGACUGGAAUUGGGCAUGCAGCACGAAGGUAUCUGGAGGAAUGUCACCUGCUCAGUCAAACUAGGCACCCCAACAUUGUCCAGUUUCUAGGAAUCUGUUUUGAGGAAGGCUCUCAGUUCCCCAUCCUAGUCAUGGAGUUCCUCCCCACCAACUUGACCAGCUGUCUCGACCGCUACGGUAUUUUCCCCAAUGAGAUCAACUUCUCUAUCCUCCAUGAUGUCUCACUGGGCCUGGCCUACCUCCAUGGCCAAACACCAGUCAUUGUGCACAGAGAUCUCUCAGCCAACAACGUUCUCUUGUCAACCAACAUGACAGCCAAGAUAUCCGAUCUGGGGGUUGCUCGAAUCUUGAACCUUACCCCCCUUCAAGUGAGUCGAAUGACACAGACCCCUGGCACUCCAGCAUACAUGCCUCCCGAAGUGAUGGUUGCCGACCCCCACUACUGCACCAGUGUGGAUGUGUUUUCUUUUGGGGUCAUGAUGAUUCACACCUUCACAGCAGAGUGGCCACUACCAAAGGUUGGCCAGACACGAGUUGAUCCUGUUAAUCCCAAUGGGCUGAUAUCAGUGACAGAAGCCGAACGACGUGAAGUGUUUCUCCGAAGGAUUCCCCCAGAUCACCCUUUGAUGGACCUCAUCAUGCGCUGUCUCAGCAACAACCCCCAGCUAAGGCCUUCAUCAGCGGAGAUAAUCGGUCGGGUGAGGGGGGUGGUGCUUGAUCAGCCUCCCACUAUUGAGAAUAGAGUAGAGAUGCUUCAUCGAGUGAGUACACUGCUGACAGAGAAGAGAGCUUUGGAGGUGGAGAUUGAGAAGAAAGCCCUCACCAUUCGGGACAGAGAGGGAGAAAUAAUUCAACUCAUGGUAGAAAGGACAGAACAGCAACAAGCGACAGAAAAUGCUAUGCAAUGCAUCGAACUUGCACACUCAGUUCAUACAAGUGGACUCCAGCUACAAAUUGACCAGUUGAAUGAAGAACAAGAGACAGCUCAAAUUGCCGUACACACUAAAGACACGAUAGUUGCCGAGCUAGAAGUAAAGUGCACUGAACUAGGCGAGGAAGUUGAUCAACAAAUUACAAGUUGUAACUUGGCACACAAAAAACUUGAUAUUAAAGAUGUGGAAUAUGCAAAACUGGAAAUUGAGAAUGCAACGCUAGCUUCACAAGUGACUACACUCACUUUACAAGUGGAACAAGAAAGACUUCGAACACAGACAAAAGAGGUAGCGCUCUCAGUCAAAGAUUCCGUGAUUUCAUCGAUGGCGUCAACCAUAGCUAUGAAAGACAGCUGUAUUCGGGGGAAGGAAGACGCCAUUGAACGCCUAAACACUCAACUGAGAGGUACUAGAGAAUUCUUAACAAAGAAACAACAGACAUUGCAGGCGAGUAUAUCUCAUAGUGUGUGCUCGGAAGCUCUGAUGGAUAUGGCUAUUGGGCAAGCUGUAGCCAUUAAUGGCAAGGUUUAUUACGGUGGAGGAUUUUGUGAGAAUACCGAUCACGAAUACUUUGUUCAAUGUUACGAGCCAUCAAGAGAUAUAUGGUCAGUUCUUCCUAACCCAGCUAUCCAUAGAUUUGGUAUGGGAGAGAUUGCAGGAAAAUUGGUUUUAGUAGGAGGUACGUAUCAAGACUUAUCACUAUCAGCUACACUUAAUGCCUUUGAUGAGCAUUCACGCAUGUGGACGAAGACGAUUCCACCGAUGAUCACAGCAAGAAGUUCACCAGCAGUAGUCAGUCUUCCAAUGCACCUAGUUGUAGCAGGAGGAGAAUCACAAUCACACUGGGCCACUCCAUUUGUUGAAAUCUAUAACUUUGCCGCUAACCAAUGGAACAAAACCGACGAAUUACCGUAUGCUUGUAGGGGUAUGAGAGGAACUAUAAUCAAUAACACUGUGUACCUUAUGGGUGGAGAUGAUUGUCUGCGUCGUUCGAACAGAAUAGUGAAAGCUAAAAUUGAAGAUCUAAUCUCCAACUCGAAACCAUCGAAAGCAAUACAGAACAGCGAUGAUACCUCACCCUCACCGUAUGCAUGGACUAAACUACAGAACACACCCAGCUAUCGCCCAUCAGCUGUAACUAUAUCUGGCAUGGUCCUAGCUGUUGGUGGUGCAGACUCUGAAAACCUGCUUGAAAUCUCACCCACACAAAGCAUUUUUGCCUACUCGACAUCGAUGAAUUCGUGGGUCCACGUUGGUGAUUUGCCAGCCCCAGUAGUAUUAUCAGCAUUCGUACCUGUCUCACAAACCGAAUUUCUUAUGAUUGGAGGCAGAGACACAGAUUGGUACUUGCAAUCAAGCACCUACAAAGUCACCUUCAAGAUACUUUAGGCAUCCAAUAGCUACGUUGCAAUGUGUAUUACGUUUAGUUAUUAUUUUGUAUAAAAGCAGUGCAAAUAUUAAAUAAUUGAGAUUGAAGUAAUGCGACGGUAAAAUUAAAACUUGAAGAUUAACCUAUAACGACAGGAGUGCAUUCACUCCUGAUAACGAGCAAUGAAGUGUCCUAAAGAUAAUAGUGAACAUGUCUGCAAUAGAUCCUAACUACAUGUA